UGAAAGCAAAGACAUUGGUCAGCGAAACAAGUUAUGAGAUGAUCCUUCAGUAUAUGCCUGUAAUUGUAGCAUUCUUCUUCUACUACUCUAUAUAUUCGCAUCAUUCGUCGUGAAUGACCCGGUUUCCUUCGUAAAUCCACCUUCCUCCGCCGUCGUCGCCACCGAAAGAUGGGUUUUUUCCGGCGUACCCACUUGCUUAUUAUCGUCUUCAUCUAUCUCCUAUUAUUCCCCUCCGUUUCUCGCUCCUUCCCCUUUCCUAGAAAAUCCAAACACAAAAUCCAGGGGCCCAUUAAAACCUUUGUGGUUUUGGUGAUGGAAAAUCGCUCCUUCGAUCACAUACUUGGAUGGCUGAAGAGAACUCGUCCCGAUAUCGACGGCCUUAGCGGCGGCGAAUUCAACAGGGUCAACGCCUCCGACUCCACCUCCCCUGCAGUGUCAGUCUCUGAUGACGCUUUUUUUGUUGACUCCGACCCGGGCCACUCUAUCCAAGCCAUCAGGGAACAAAUAUUUGGAUGCAACGAUACGUCGGUGAACCCGGCUCCAAUGAGCGGGUUCGUGCAGCAGGCUGAGAGCAUGGGGGUUGAUGGGUUGUCGAAAACCGUGAUGAGCGGGUUCAAACCGGAGUUGUUGCCGGUUUACGCUGAGUUAGCAAAUGAGUUUGCGGUUCUGGACCGGUGGUUUGCGUCGGUGCCGGCAUCGACUCAGCCGAACCGGUUCUAUGUUCAUUCGGCCACCUCGCACGGCGCCUCCAGUAACGUUAGGAAAGACCUCAUCCAUGGAUUCCCACAGAAGACGAUUUUUGAUUCGUUGGACGAAAAUGGCCUUAGUUUUGGGAUUUAUUACCAGAAUAUUCCUGCUACUCUGUUCUUCAAGAGCCUGCGGAAGCUCAAGCAUAUUACCAAGUUCCAUGACUAUAAGAUGAAGUUCAAACUUCACGCUAAGAUGGGGCAGCUCCCGAACUAUGUUGUAAUCGAGCAGCGGUACUUUGACGUGGAUCUGUUCCCAGCAAACGAUGAUCAUCCAUCCCAUGAUGUGGCUCUGGGGCAGAGGUUUGUGAAGGAGGUGUAUGAGACACUUAGGGCGAGUCCGCAGUGGGAAGAGAUGGCGCUUCUGAUCACUUAUGACGAGCAUGGUGGGUUUUACGAUCAUGUGCCCACCCCGGUUUCUGGGGUGCCCAAUCCAGAUGGGAUCAUCGGCCCUGACCCGUAUUACUUCAAGUUUGAUAGGCUCGGUGUGCGAGUACCCACAUUCUUAAUUUCACCCUGGAUCGAGAAAGGCACUGUCAUCCAUGAACCAAGCGGGCCAACCCCAUCUUCACAAUAUGAACACUCGUCAAUACCUGCUACUGUGAAGAAGCUUUUUAAUCUUCAAUCAAACUUCUUGACUAAAAGGGAUGCAUGGGCUGGUACCUUUGAGAAAUACCUCUACUUGCGUGAUACUCCUCGAGAUGACUGUCCAGAGAAACUCCCAGAAGUUAGGACCACAUUAAGGCAUACGGGACCGAAGGAAGAUGUUAAACUCUCUGAAUUUCAAAUCGAACUGAUUCAGCUAGCGUCACAGCUCAACGGUGACCACAUCCUGAACACCUAUCCUGAUAUUGGAAGAAGUAUGACUGUCGGUACGGCUAAUCGGUAUGCUGAGGAUGCAGUUAAACGAUUCUUGGAAGCUGGAAGGGCGGCUUUGAAGGCUGGAGCAAACGAGUCGGCGCUCAUCACAAUGAGACCCUCCCUCACCAGCAGAACUGCGGAAGAGCAGUACAGUCGCGGCCAUGAAUCCUUCUGAUUGUUUACUGCUACUUAUUGUGUAUAUAAAUUUUGAAUUGGGGAAUGUAUAUAUGUUCAAAUUUCCAAAGGACUUGUCUAAAUAGACAGUAACAGUUGUUUGAUUGUUGCCCCAUAAUUAAAAAUAUUACCCUACAUAUAUAAUUAUGGAUUUCACCUUUUGGUACUAAAA